GAAUGAAGGGAUCGUGUUAAUCCACUCUUCGUGUCCGCAGGUCUUCUGUGCUCUGUGGCGGAUUACGCAGAUGUGUUCAGCCUGUUCCACAAGUCUUCAACUACACCGUGAGUUCGGGGAGUAGCGGCAACAAUUUUUGCGAUCCUUUAAGCAGCUUCUUCUAAAGACGGGCUGCUUUAUACCGUAGUUAUAUUUUAUCUCAAUUUUAUCCUUCGCCUCGCCACUUCCAUUCGCAUUUCAUGGAAUUCAAAGUUGAAACUCUUGGGGAGAAUCAUGGUGCCGCGGGUGAAACUGCUUGUUGUUGUUGCAAGUCUUGUCAAUCUGGGAUUUUCUGGAGCACCAACAGCACCACCAAAGAGAGCUGUAGUUAAAAACAAUUCAGGUGUGACGCCGACAGGGUUGUGUGGUGCUUGGAUCAAAGAACCUGAUGGAGGGCUUUUCACAUCUCCUAACUAUCCUGAAAAAUAUCCUCCUGACCGAGAAUGCAUAUACAUAAUUGAAGCUUCUCCAAGGCAAUGCAUUGACCUGUAUUUUGAUGAAAAGUAUGCCAUUGAGCCAUCGUGGGAGUGUAAGUUUGACCACAUUGAACUCAGGGAUGGCCCCUUCAGCUUUUCUCCUAUUAUCGGACGUUACUGUGGACAAGAGAGCCCGACCUAUGUUAGGUCCAGCGGACGAUACCUUUGGAUAAAAUUUGUGGCAGAUAGUGAACUAGAAGCCACUGGAUUUUCAGCUCGGUACAAUUUCACCCAAGAUCCUGAUUUCAAAGACCUUGGAGUUCAACAACCUCUUCCUAUUUGUGAAUUUGAGAUGAGCGGGCCAGAGGGAAUUGUGGAGUCCGUAAUGGUUACCAAAGAGGGCAAAGCAUUGCAGACAGAGGCUGUAGACUGCAGGUGGUUCAUAAGAGCUCCUCCUGGCUCGAAGAUCUAUUUGCGUUUCCUGGAUUAUGAGAUGCAGAACUCAAACGAGUGCAAGCGUAACUUUGUGGCAGUGUAUGAUGGGAGCAGCUCAGUGCAACACCUGAAGAAUAAAUUCUGCAGCACGGUGGCCAAUGACGUGAUGCUGCUGACUUCAUUAGGUGUGAUUCGCAUGUGGGCCGAUGAGACCAGCCGCAGGAGCCGAUUCCGUAUCCUCUUUACCACCUUCCAUGAGCCUCCAUGUGAAGGAGAUGCUUUCUUCUGUCAUAGCAACAUGUGCAUUAACCACACUUUGGUGUGCAAUGGUAUUCAAAACUGCGUCUAUCCUUGGGAUGAGAAUGGUUGCAAAGAGAAAAGAAAAGCCAAUAUCCUCGACGGUCUCGACAACACUAAUGUGACCAUUAUUGGCGUGACCUGCGGAUUGGUGAUUAUCCUGCUCACCGUGUCGAUAAUCAUUCAAAUAAAACAGCCACGGAAGAAGUACAUAAUCCGCAGAGAUGAAUUUGAUCCCACCUUGCUGCACGAGGCCUUUGAACCCCCACACUAUGAGCUGUGCACGUUACGGCAAGCAACCUCAUCCGAUGGUGAGGUUUUACCUGAAGACUUCCCCAAACUGCAGCGCACCUCCUCCAAAUGCAUCCACGGCCACCACUGUGGCUCCCAGGUGUCCAGCGCUCGAGGCAGCCGCAGCGAUCUCAGCCUGCGAGAUGCUGCAGCUAUUCUCUCAGAGAUGGAGCCAUCUGCACAACCCCCCUUCCCUAUGCAAGCCACCCCUACUAGCCGUAGGAAUAUUCUAGUGAUGAAGCACAGCUACUCGCACGAUGGGGCUGAAGAGUGCGACCUGGAUGAUGAACUUUAUGAUGCGCCCACCACCAGCCGUGGGCGAGCUGCAAUGGACAGAACUGUGCAUCGGUCAGUAUCCAAUGACUUUUGAUGGUUUUCCAUGCACGUCAACCCAGCUUUUGGAUAGACUGUUUCUUUAUUGUCCUAUUUGUCUUCCUUUUUAUUUGUAGUAGUCAUGCACUUGUUUAUUAAGUUUGUUGACAGACAAGAUUUCCUUGUCUAGUCACUCCAUUUUCACCAUUUUGUAUCCAUAAAGGAUUAUGGAUCAAA